CUGGGACCAGAGGCGAUCAGAUCCCGCUGCUCCGCCGUCCAGGGAAGACGUCUCCAUUUAUCUUCUCUGACCACGGCAGCCGCUUACACUUGCCUCCCCAAGACAAGGAAAAGACUGCCUCAUGGAACUGACCCAGUGGACUCCUCAGGGAGCCCUCAACCAGACCCAGGCCGACACUGGCCUCGGCUACCUGCUGAGGGACCACAUGGAGGGGAGGAGUGGCAUCAACUCCACCAGGGCCCUGAAACUUUCAGAUGGGACCAGUGCUGCCUGGUACAUCCUCACCAUCAUUGGCAUCUAUGGAGUGGUCUUCCUCUUCCGAUUGGCCAGCAACAUCCUCAGAAAGAAUGAUAAAUCCUUGGAAGAUAUGUACUACUCCAAUUUGACCUCCGAACUCAAAAAGAAAGGUCUCCAAAGCAAGGUGGCCAAAUGCUCUGCACUGACCAUUAGCAACACAGCUGUCCUGCAGCCCAACCAGGCCAGCCUGGGGCCAAAAUAUAAAAACAGUGAGUGCCAAACUGAAAUCCAAGGGAUCCCUUGAAAGCCAAGGCAAGCUGACCUCCACAGAAGAGGCCCAACCUUCCUACAAGGGGAAGCAGAUUUGAGUUUACCUGGAACCUUGAGAGAAGAGUUGGGUCCUUGAGUGGGGCUAGAAGAACAUCCCUGCGGCACUUAAGCUAACGGGAGUGUGACCAAAAGCCAGUGUCCUGUUUCCUUCUCAGAUUUUGUGGCACUUUGAGACAGAACAGCAGGGGCAGCAGCUUCCAGUCAUACCCUUCACUGGGAAAGCUUGUGUUCCAGGGAAGGACUUGGAGCAUCCACUGUUCUCAGAGAAUCUAGGACAUUCCUGAGGAUAUACAUGAAAGUAGCCUCUUAUCAUGGAAAGAAGGCUGAAUUUGGAGUCAAGCGCUCUGGAUUCAAGUUCAACUUCCAGGGGUCACAUGCACUUUGAAUGACUUGUGGCUGUCACCUGGAAUGCACGGCAGUAGGAUAUAUGGUUUCAAAGAGCCAUUCCUUCUAGAGGUUCUCCGUUGAAUACCAAGGCUGUUAAUAGCAGAAAAUGAAGUUUUUCAUUUUCAUUGAGGGUAUGGGGUCCAUUGAAAGGAGCAUUCGUUUUGAAGUCAGAAGAAUCGAACUCUAGUCAAGGAUAACUUGGUGUCCUUGAACAUGCCACCUCACCUCUCUGGAUCUUAG